UUCUCAAAACCCCUCUUUGCUUCUCUCUCGCUUUCGCUCUUCUCUGGAGCUCGAGUCCGUGGCAAUGGCGGCAGCGAAGGAGAAGCCUGUGAAGAAGGAAGAAGAGGAAGACGAUGUUUCGCUCUCCCUCUCCAUGUUGAAGAAGAGGAGCUCCGUGGACAGUGGAAAAGUUAAGCGGGAAGGGAUCCUUGGUGAUGAGGAUGAGAAGGUCUUCAAGAAGAAAGAUGAAGUGAAGAGUAGUGGGAAGACGUCUAAAGUGAAGAAAGAAGAGCCUGAUGAUUCUGAGGAGAAGGAUCAAGAGAAGUCCAGCAAGAAGAAGCAGCAUAAGAAGGAAAUGGUGAAGAGUAAUGCUCAACUGUCAAAAGUAAAAAAGGAAGAACCACUAAACUCAGAUGACGAAGAAGAAGCAGAAAAGAAAGAUAAAGAAAAAAAGAAGGAACAUGAGAAGAAGAUGAAGGUAACUAGUGUGGUGAAGGUGACCAAGGUUAGGGCUGUUCGAGGGAGGGAGAAGAAGUCCUUUGAUUUGCCAGGGCAGAAGCAUGAGCAGCCACCGGAAAGGGAUCCAUUGAGGAUAUUCUAUGAAACACUGCAUCAUCAGAUGCCUGGCAGUGAAAUGGCUGCAAUUUGGAUGAUGGAGUGGGGUUUGCUUCCUGCUGACGAAGCGAAGAAGGUGCAUGAGAAGAAACUAAAGAAGAGCCAGCAACAGAAGCUAGCUUCUCCAACAAAGGUGACAUCUGUUAAAAAAACAUCAACCGUAAAAGAAAAGCAGGUAGUCACAAAAACUGUGAUCAAGACGGAGAAGCGAAAGGCAAGAGAUAAGAACGAAGAAGAUGACGAGGACGAGGACUUCAUCUUAUCGAAGAAAAAACGGCAGAAAGUUUCCACUUGAAGUAUUCAUCUCAAACUUAACCCUUAACUGCUCAGAACUUCUCCAAAGUUUAAUGAAUGACAUAGAAAUGAAGCUAGUUUAAAAUUGUUUGUAAAAACUCAUACGCUUACAUUGUCAUUGGCAUAAUGAAUCUUGUCCACUUUAUAAAGUGGUUGUUUUGC